UACAAAUUGCCUGCCCAUUGGUCUGGCGGUACUGUUGUAAAAUGGCGCCCAGCGAAAUUUAAGUAGUCAACAAAGAAAAGAAACUGCCUCCAAACGUGAAAUAAAUUACAAAAAAGAAGGAGUCUAACCAUAGUGGAACAACAUUUGUUUCCUUGACGACAAAGAGGCGCUGUUUCGAAGUGGGCGGUCAGAGACUUGCCACCGUUGAGGAAGGGAAGGUUAGCUGAUGCUAGCGAGUCUGCAAACCUUUCCCUGCUAGCUGGGCAGCAAACAGAAAACACAACGCCGCAGGACGGCCGACCGACAAGCUGCGAAUCUGACAGCAACCGCAGUUGAACCCGAUGGUCGCAUUUGGUCCUGGUUGAGCUACUCUUUCGUGAAAGUGUCGGCAAGUAUGAAUAAUUCCCUGGACGGCACGAGCUCCUACGAAGAGCUCGUGCGGCAGAAAGCUCGGAGUAUCCCCCAGCAUCGUAUGAAAGAGUUCCUCGAGUCCUUAGCCAGUAAAGGUCCGGAUGCACUGCAGGAGUUCAGCCAGCAAAGUGAAGAUGUCACAACCACCACCACCACCAUGGUGUACCAACCCGAGGCAAAUUGCAUUUACACGGACAGCACCGAAGUGGCGGGCUCGCUUCUGGAACUAGCGUGUCCGGUUCAGGUGCAAGUUCAGCCGCAGCAGCAGAUCCAAGAGUCAACAGCUCAGCAGCAGAAUGACGACCAGCAGAUUAUACAGGUGCAGAUCGGCCAGCAGACAGGUCAUAUGCUGGGUCAGGUCCUCCAAGUGCCCUCCGGCUCCCAUCAGCAGCUUCAAGGUGUGACGACAGCGCAGCUAAUUCAGCCGGGAGAUCUCACCGAGGAGCAACACCAACAACUCCAAGCCCAGUUGGUGGCGGCUGUCGCCGGGGGACAACAGAUCCAAAUUCAAACGGUGGGGGCCCUCUCGCCCACUCAGCAACAGGACGGCGCCGAGAGGAGGGCUCUGGGAAGCGCAGCCCAAGUCGCGGGCGUCCUCCAGCCCGCUAAAAAACGCAAGGUGGACAUGCCCAUCACCGUGUCUUACGCCCUACCUGGUCAGCAGGUGGCGACGGUCCUCGCUAUCCCACAAGGACAGGGUCAACAGCAGAGUUAUGUCUCCCUGCGGCCGGACCUGCUGACAGUGGACAGCUCACACCUUUACAGUGCUACGGGGACCAUCACCAGUCCCACGGGGGAGACCUGGACCAUUCCCGUCUAUUCGGCUCCCGCGGGGGCCUCGGGCCGGGAGCAGGUCACGCACAUCGCCAUCCCCCAGGAGGCCUACGGAACUGUGCAGGUCACCGGGGGCAUUUCGGCAAGCGUCCCCGCGGAAAACGACAAGUCGAAAAACUCUUCCAGUCAAAGUCAGACGGCUCAGGCGGUUUCCAGCAUAACCAGCACGGCGGGGAUGGGCGGGCAAGAGGAAGUGGUGCACACGUUGGCCGCCAACACGCUUUUUCCCGCUCAGCUGAUGAACGGAAAUAUUCACAUCCCGGUGGCGGUGCAGGGCUACCCUAACGCCACCCAGUCGCUCAUCUGGGACCCCCAGCAGCAGGUGUUGCACACGCAGGGACUCACAGGGCAGGAUGGACAGCAGCUACAGGCUCAGGCGAUCGUUGCGGAGGUCGACGGAGAAGGCCAGCAGCAAGUGCAAGUUCAGGAGCUUCUGCUUCCCGCCACUCUCAAACCAGAGGAGGGGCUGGACGUGUGGUCCGCUUGGGCUCAGCGGAAAAAUGCCGAGAUGGACAAAUCCGAGAACCAUAAAUUGGCUCCCAUUGGCCGACGCCAGGCGCUGCGUUACCAGGAAGACUUGGUGUCUUGCGCUGUGGCCGAGCUCUGCGUUGCUCUUUCGCUAAUGACCACAGAAGCCCGCGGCCUGGAAGGAGAGCCCUACGAAGCGGACGUCCUUUACUAUGUCUUUCUGUGCAUACAAAAGUACCUGUUUGAUAAUGGUCGCGUGGAUGACAUCUUUUCAGAUCAGUACUACACUCGCUUUGCUCAAAGCUUGCACCAGAUACUCCAGCCCUGGACGCCGUCUAUCCAUCCGCUCGGCUAUAUAAUCCCCAGUCACGUAACAGAGGAGAUGCUGUGGGAAUGCAAACAACUCGGAGCUCAUUCGCCAUCAACGUUGCUCACGACGCUGAUGUUCUUCAACACAAAGUAUUUUCAUUUGAAGACAAUUGAGCAGCAUUUAAAGGUUGCCUUUUCCAAAGUGCUCAGACACACCAGGAAGAGUCCAAAUAAUCCCAAAGACAAGAGCACCAGCAUCCGAUACCUGAAAACGGCAGAAAGGUUCAUCGGACAGAAAGUCACAGACGACAUGUACUUGGAGCAACUGGAGGACCCGGAAAAUCCUCUCCGGUGCCCCAUCAAGCUGUAUGAUUUCUACCUCUUCAAAUGUCCACAGAGCGCCAAAGGACGUCACGACACCUUCUACCUGACGCCGGAGCCCGUGGUGGCCCCAAACAGCCCCAUCUGGUACUCCAUCCAGCCCAUCCCAAAGGAGGAGUUGGAGCAGAUGCUGACCCGCAUCCUGGUCGUCCGUGAAAUCCAAGAAACCAUUAACAUGUCGGAGAGCGUACGCUAAUCGGACCGAAGAAGGGGGGGAAAAAAAGCCACGGGAACGAGACCGCUUCACUUUCUUCAGUCGGCCUUUUGAUUGCUCAUUUAGGGAUUCCUUCCCGUGUUCUCUGGCGGGCGCGGUUCUUCACGCACUCUAACUUGUUCAUGUGAAAUGUACAUACAAUCAGUACAGGCAAUUAUUUGUCUUAUCUCCGCUCUUCCGUUUCUUUUCGUUUGGCCAAAGGAUGAUCGGCGCUGAUCUCUCUGCUAUCAUUUGUAUCUUAUUUUAGCUUUUUUUUUUUUUUACAUUUUUAAUCAUUUGCCUCCUAUCAGUUGUUGAUUUCCAGAAACAAAAUUGUAAUAUAUUUCUUUGCUGCCUUCCUUGGAUCUGUUGAUUUUUGUGUGCUGUGUCAUAAUGAUCAUUUGAUCAUGAAGCCUGGGAGUCCGUGUGACGUCUUUGUUGGUCCCCCCCCCCCCCCACUUUUAUGUCUGUCCACACAAGGGACUUGGAACUCUGGGGAUCUUGCCCGAGGUCCGACAUUGACUAUUGAAGCCCCCCCCCUCCACCUCUCCCGUAUUGGAAUACAAAUAUUUCUGAGGAACUUGCCAAACAAUGGAUAUGAGGCAGCAGCAAAAGGAAUUUAUUUUUAACUCGUGUAUAUUAACGAGUUGAACGACUCGACCAAGCCCUCCAUGUGCACUCCCUCACUCACUCACUCCUUCGUGUGUCAAGACUGGCUGUGCCUGACGGUUUUCUGAAUUUUUUUUUUUUUGUACAGCUGCUAUACCAUCCUUUUGCCUUUUUUUUUUUAGUAAGUCCAGCAUCAAUUCUGCACUUAAGUACUUCUAGCCUGCAUUGUGUCAUAAUAAAACACUACACAAUGAUUUUUAUUUUUUCCCAACAUAGUUUAAUAGAGGAGAAAAAGUCACAGUAUAAAAGUGACGGGAUACAAAAACAAGUGUUUUGACAUUGAGAUGAAUGUGCAGUGUUUGGAAAACAGGUUAGACAUGCUUGGCAAGGUUGAUCUCAGAUCUUUUGCUUGCUGACUUUGGUUUUCAUGUGCCUGAGCAGGAGUGCAGUUGCUCCAAUCCUUUAAGAGUUUUCAGAUGUUAAUGCUGAAAAUAUAUUUUUUUUAGGUCCUUUGUCAGUCAUGGCCCUCUAGCCCCCCCCCCCCCCAUGAGGUCAAUAUCUAUGCGGCCCUGGAUGUAUUUAUGAAGGCAGUAUCCUCCGCAGUAGCUUCCCAGGUUGCAAGAUCUGCUGUAACGUGCUUUGUUCUUGGCCCGCUGAUUUUUCCCGUCUAUGAUGACGAUUUCUCCUGAUCAACUCUCGGUUUGCGUAGUCCAAGAGGGUUAAGCUGAAAUCAGAAUCAGGUCAAAGGUCAACAGAUGUCAACACAAUUCCAGAGAGGAAUUGUCAUUUUAAUAAGUUUGCUAAUCAUGCCAAAAUAUUGCUUCUGUUUGCUCACCAAGAUGACUUGCCUCCGCUUAUCCAGUAUAGCAGACACUGGUGAACGAAUAUGUACUGCUCCUAAAAUGUAAAGAAAGAAUUGAUGUUUUAUCACCCUUCCAUUUUAGUCAACCAUUUAUAAUCAGAAGAUUUGUUUUAUAAAGCUGUUAUGUCCUCCUUUAAAAAAUGAUUUUCA